AUGGUGAGUAAGGAGCCCGGCAAAUGCUUACUCACCACCUCGGAAAGUGAAGUUGAGCCGGCGGCUUCUCUCGCUUUGGAGAUGAAAUACGCCCUGGAUCCCAAAAGGCAGAUUAAGAAACGGAACAAAGCCCUCCAGGUGAGAUUUAAAGAUAUCUGCGAGGCCCAGAACGAGCAGAGGGACAAGCAGCUCUCCACCACGCCGGAUCCCGACAAGAGGGACGCCAAGCCCAUCUCCUACAAAACGGCUUAUCGCAAGUACAUGACGGUGCCCGCCCGCAGGUCCAUACCCAACGUCACCAAGAGCACAGGAGUUCAGACGUCGCCCGAUCUUAAAAAGUGUUACCAGACCUUUCCUCUGGACCGAAAAAAAGGGAAUAUUCUUAAAAGCGCCUCGACUGUUGACACCUUUAAGAGUGAAAACAACGGGUUUCUAAUAGACGUGAAGGACAAAGACGGCAGGAGCUCAGGGGAGGCCGUGCAGUGGGGCAAGAAGGCCGGCAGCCUGCAGACAGCCGAGUUCAUCUCCCACAUCCACGAGCGCGGCAACGCGGGGUCUGGCGACAACGGGGCCGAGGCCUGGGCCGGCAGCCAUUUGCACAGCUCUCCCAAAGAGCCGCUGCCGCCCCCUCCCUCACCCAAACCCGAGUGGGCCCCCCGGCCCCUCCACGGGAGGGUCUUCAAGACUGAAGUGGCCACCGUUUAUUUACCGGCGGCCAGUUCAAACGCUUCGCAGUCCGACCUGUCCAACCUCACGGCCGAGACAGACUGGUCCCCGUGCCCAACAGCCGAGGAGGACAGAAAGAGGACCGUGCACCUGAACGGUGUUCAGCCCCGGGCGGGAGAUGCCGGAGCCUGCUCGUCGCGGGCGCAGUGCCAAGCCACCGAAUGUAACGACCAGAGCCUGCAGAUCAAGGUUUCGCCCACGGAGGAGAGUCAGCCGUGCCGGGCGGCCGUGGCGGUGAGCGAGGAAUGCCAACAAAUCGUGCCUCACACCGAAGUUGUGGACUUGAAAGCGCAGCUUCAGAUGAUGGAAAAUUUGAUCAGCUCUAGUCAGGAAACCAUAAAAGUGUUGUUGGGUGUUAUACAGGAGCUAGAGAAAGGAGAAGCUCACAGAGAAGGGCUUUCAUAUCGGACUGGUCAAGACACGGCUAAUUGCGACACAUGCAGGAACAGUGCAUGUAUUAUCUAUAGUGUGGAAUUGGAUUUUAAACAGCAAGAAGACAAACUACAGCCAGUUUUGAGAAAACUUCAUCCUAUCGAGGAAACUCAGGUUGCACCUUUGCCUUAUUCUCAGGAGAGCUACUCCUCCACUCCCAAGCAAAAAUCCAAAACUGAAUCAAAAAAGCAUGGAAGAUGGAAACUCUGGUUCCUUUAA